GCAGUUCAUAUAAAAUUAGCAAUUUUAUUGACUUAUCGGAGUUCCAUUUUCAGGCGACAUUGGCCUUUGCCAUUCGAUCAGUUUCGACGGCGUUCGCAAAUCCGUGAUUUCUUCAUUCGAGAAGCUGGCUUCCGGCAUUCUCUGCUGCAUCAAACCGGAACAGUGUCUUCCGUAGAGGUCGUAUUUUCCUUCGUCCGGUUGCUUUCCAUCCGCAUCAGUGGUCCGUGUAAUGUCUGAGGCGAUCAAGAGCCAGGGUACUUGCAGUGAGCGCUUGAUUGAGGAAAACAAAUGUUUACAAUCCCUUCAGGUGGAUUCCGACAAUGGAGUUUCAAUGGAUAUACUAAAGGAGGACGUGGAUGAACUGAACCAGAAGAAAGUUGCAGUGGUGAAGGACUUGCAAUUUUUACAGGAUAGAGUCAGUAAGGCGAAUGCUAAUCAUGUGGUGCAGAAUUUGAUGUCAUGCUUGAAGACUUUGGAGGAUCUUGGAAAGCAGGAAUCUGAACUCCUAUCUCCAUGUGAUGCACAGCGUAUUAAAUUGCAAGCUGAGAUUUUCGAGCUGGAGGGAAGAUUAACUGGAGACCACGAAUGCUCAAAUUUCUUGGAUAGCUUAGAUAAUUUUAUCAGUGAAUCUGAGGAGGAAUUGAAUUCUGUAAAGAAGGCACUUGCUUCAAGAUUAAGGGAAACACUUGCAUUAAAGAGGCUUCUUGACGAUGUGCCAACCCAAACUGAACUCAUCCAGUACGAGCGCCGAUUUUCAGAGCUAUUCAUUAACAUCCAGGAUAAACAUAGGCAAACACGCAGAUACUAUGCAACCUACAAUGCACUCUUGGAGAUAAAGGAUCUGAUGUUGAAGGAGACAUCCUUGUUGAAUUCCAUAAGUUCACAGUUUCAAGAUGCCAUAGCCAACUCCAUGAGUCAAAUGAAACUUAUCGAAUCCAUGGAGGGAAUUCUGAAAGGCAUUCAACAGAAACUAGAUAAGGUGCUUCUUUCUCAUCAAGAAGAGCAGCAGGUCUGCAAUGCCUUGAAAGAGAAAUAUGCUGCAGCAACUGCAGAGCAAAGACGUUGCUAUGCACUCUUAAAAGCUUUCCAGGAGGAAUGUGCAAAGAACGAGAAACUUCGGACCCAAACUUCACCGUGAACAGAUUUUAACCAUUACCCAUGCUUGUGUUGUGUAAGCCUUCAUUCAAUUUGGUCUUUGUUAGAGCGAGCUUUUGUGCAGAGUUCAUUAGAGGACUUCAAAAUAAUGUUGAUCAACUUAAAACGUGUUGCCCUGCCCCGUUCCAACUUCAAAGCCGGUAUGUGAAAAUAUUAGCCCUCCUUAAUGAUUUCUGAUAUGUAAUUACCCAACUUUUCAAGGGAUAGAGCAAUUGUAUGAAAAUCUAACGGGAUAGAGCCUUUCGGAUAGGAACAAACACAUAUCGUUGCAUGUGUUUUUUUAAAAAAUAUUGCGGAGUAAUUGAAGAUCCCUUUGGGAACGGACCAAUUUGAGGCU